CAUGGCGCCCACCUGCCCGGCGGCAGCAGCCGGUUCCGGCGCUGCGGUUCUCAGGUCUGGGCAGAAAAGCGGCGCGAGCUUCAGUCGUGGGGCGGAAGGAGGUGGAGGAGGCGGCGGCAGCGCGGCCCGGGGGCCCGGGUGUUAAAGCUGUGGGCGCUCGGGGCCCCGGCGGCAGCAGGCAUGGUGUCGCAGGUGCUGCAGCUGCUCCGGCAGGGCGUGUGGGCCGCGCUCACCGGGGGCUGGUACCACGACCCGGAGCAGAGCAAGUUCACCAACAGCUGCCACCUGUACCUGUGGCUGUUCCUGCUGCUGCUGCCCAUGGCCCUGCACCUGGCUUUUCCUCCAAAUGCCAUCACUGUAUUUUUUUACUGCAGUUCAGUGACUCUAUUCUUCACAGUAAUCAAAUUGGUCAGCUAUCGCCUACACGUCAUGUUUGAUAAAGGAGAAGUAAUUCAGCAAAGGCCCUCCAGAAAGAAAGAAAAGCCAAGGAGAGGCAAAGAAGCCAAGAGUGAACACAUAACUAAUCCCAAAAACCCAAGCAAUAACAGGCAGAUGAACAACGGCAAAAAGGAAGAGGCCGAUCGAAUCCGCUCUACUCCGCCGCCCCACGGCAGCACCAGAGGGCAACGCACCAACUCUCGUCACUCUUCCGGGCUAUUGGAGUUGUCAGCACAGGAAACAGCGGAAGAUCUCAAAGGUGUCAUUCUGUCAGAAGACCAACCUGUAGCACCAGUGUCAUCUACCUCACCUGGUAUCAAAACAGAAAGCCUACCUGCUUCUAAAGCCUACGUGCCAGAAACCGUGACCAUGUCAGCAAUACCAGCGAAACCAGUUGUGGCAGAAAAAAGUGAUAAAGGGAAGGAAACAGGAGGCAAGGGGCAGCCCCCUUCCCGCCACAGGUCCGAGGGUGGCCUAGUGGAGAAAGAUGCCUUGAAGAAGCUGCCACACCUGUCUUUGUCACAGUAUGACCUUCUAGAAACAGAUGUUUCUUUCCAGCCAUGGGGGAGUGAGAAUUCAGUCCUGAUUCCAGAGCCUGUGAGUUGUGCCCAGGGCUCUAUAAGGGAACAACUGCAAAGCAAGUCGCCUCAGGACAGCAAGAGCAGCAGCUGCCCUCGGUGUGACACUGUUGUUGCCGAACCUGAGCCUGAGCCAGCGGUCGCUUCUUGGCAGGUGGACCCUCCAUCCAACCAGGCGGUGGACUAUUCAGGUAGCGACGUAGCUGUGACUCUCAUCGAUACUUCUCAGCCUGGAGACCCACUGAGCCUGCAUGAACCCAUUAAGAUUGUCAUCACCAUGAGCAGCGCCCCGAACUCCAUGACAGACUUGGAAAGCUCGCUCCACCUGAAGGUGACAGGCACAGAGAGAAGUGGUUUAGAGUCUGAGGCUGAGCCAGCUACCCCAGGGGAGGCCAGUCCUGCAAACCUGGAGCAGAGAAGAAUCCCUGUCAUCACGCUGGAGCUGUCUGACGAUGGGGGAGGAGGCAGUAUGCGUCCCGAAGGCAGUGGGAAGCAGAGGGCUCCCGAGAGACUAAGGGUGGAGGCAGCCUCCCCUCAGCGUCCUGGCUGCGAAUCUGCGGACGGGGGAAAUGCUGCAAAGGCCGGCAGCCCUCCCCCAGGAGACCAUUGUGAAAGAGCCCCUCCGCUCACCCCCAGCGUGGCCUCUGAGUCUGAGCGGGGAAGGGAAGGCCAGGCUCACCUUGACCCCUCCUCUUGUAAAACCGGCCAUGAAAAGAGACAUGCCCGGGUCCUCAGCGUGGACAGUGGGACAGAUGUCUUCCUGAGCAAAAGUUCCACCGAAAUUGUUAACGACAAAGACAAAACGAUACCAACUUCCAAAUCUGACCUAGAGGCUAAGGAAGGACAAACGCCAAACGAAUCCAACUUUCUGGAAUUUGUCUCCCUGUUAGAAUCGAUCAGUAGUUCCAAGGUGGUGGCAACCAGCCAAAGGAACGGCCCAGCAGAACCGGACAAGGCCAGCGGGCUUCCCAGAGAUAAGUGCUCCCAGGAGAAAAAGGAGGAAAUCCUGGAAAGUGAAAAGCCCAGUGGACGCAAUUCCAAGCAAGGAAAACGAGACGUGCAAGGUCAAGACCAUGCCAGCUCCAGCCCUGUGCUCGCUGAGCCUGCCAAGAUCACGGCCCUUUUUCAGGGCAAUAGACAAAGACAGAUAAUCUACAGGGUCACUUCCCAACAAGAUAGCUCUGUCUUGCAAGUCAUCAGUGGGCCUGAAACAUCUGUGCAAGACGAGAUAUCUGUGGAUGCUAUGCACGUCUUCAUUGGUGAACAUGGGGAAAUUAGAUCCUGUUAUUUAAAGUCUGGCAAUCAGAAAGAAGGCCCUAUCCAGCCUCAGCCAUCCGAUUACGAUGGAUUCUCUCAUGCUGGAGAGAUGCACAGCAGCUCUGCCAGCACCACCAGCUCUGACAGUCCAGAUCCUUCUUCCGGGGACCAUGCAGUCAGCGCGCUUCAGCAGCAGCUGUUACUCCUGGUGGCUCGGAGGACCCAGCCGGAGACCCCGCGGCAUCUGAGUCAGGAUCUGGAAGAUUCGUCAUGCUCCUCAAUGCAAGGGAAAUUGAACCGAGAGCAGUUUUACAAGUUUAUCAUUUUCCCCGGCAAGUGGAUUAAAGUCUGGUAUGACCGGCUCACCUUGCUGGCGUUACUUGAUCGAACCGAAGACGUCAAGGAAAAUGUGCUGGCGGUCUCGGUCAUCGUCCUGGUGUCCCUGCUCGGAUUUCUGACCCUGAGUCGGGGCUUCUGCACAGACCUGUGGGUGCUCCUCUUCUGCCUGGUCAUGGCCAGCUGCCAGUACUCCCUGCUCAAGAGCGUCCAGCCUGACCCCGCCUCGCCAAUCCAUGGGCCAAAGCCAGGCACCCCCCCACUUACAGUGUGUAUGGCCUGAAGCUCUUCUCUCCAGGGUCGCUCCAGUCAGCUAGGGACCUCU